GCCAGCCGGGGCGCCGUCCCGCCUCCCUCCGGGCCGGGCUGGCCGGGCCAGGCCAGGGCGGGGAUGUCGGGCUGCGGAGGCCCCGCCGGCCUCGCCUCGCCGCCUUCCGGGCCGCCCGCCGCCUCGCGCCGCCGCCGCCGCCGCCUCCUCCGCGCCUCCUGCAUGGCCCGCCGGCCGGAGCUGCUGUGCGGGGUCUUGGUGGUGGCGGCCGCCGCCUGCCUGGCCGCCCUCAGAGUCACCUGCAGCCGCGCAAAAGAUGUGACCAUGCCAGCAAAGCUUCCGGUGAAUUUCUUCUCCUCGAUGUCACCGGUGAUCGAUUUUUUCCUGGGACAGCUGGACCACGCAGACCUUGUCCGCCAAGACUCGGAAGUCACCCUCUUCUUCUUCUACGCCCCCUGGUGCGGACAGUCCAUGGCGGCCAGGGGAGACAUUGAGAAAGUGGCCAGCAGCUUGGCAGACCAGGUCUUGUUUGUUGCCAUCAACUGCUGGUGGAACCAGGGGAAAUGCCGGAAGCAGAAACACUUCUUUUACUUUCCAGUGAUCUACUUGUACCAUCGGAGCUUUGGGCCCAUUGAAUACAAAGGACCACUGAAUGCUGUUUACAUUGAGAAAUUUGUUCGCCGGGUGAUGACGCCGCUGCUGUAUAUCUCGUCCCAGUCCAAGCUGCAGCGCUUUCUCUCCAACUAUGAGCCUGGAGUCUUGGGAUAUUUUGAGUUCAACGCUUCGCCUCAACCCCCAGGUUACUUGACGUUCUUUGCUUCAGCCUUGCAUUCCUUGCACAAAGAUUCCCUUGGGACGAUCCACUUUGGCGUGAUCACGGAUAAGCUGAUUGCGAAAGAAAUCCCGUUGACCAACUCAGGAAGUAUCUACUUGCACAGACACGUCAAUGCCUCUUUGCUCUAUCCACACGAAGCCGUGAACUACACUGCUGAAAAUAUUUGCCGGUGGGCCCUGGAGAACCAGGAAACGUUUGUUCGCUGGCUGAGACCUCACGGAGGGAAAAGCCUGUUGCUGAACAACGAGCUCAAGAAGGGCCCAGCCCUGUUCCUGUUUCUUCCGUUCGACCCCUUGGCAGAAGAUCAGCCGCUUGUGGAUGAGAUUUCCCGCCUAGCUUUGGCCUACAGCAGCUGCAACAGAAGUGCCCCAGGAGGGCCGGGCACCAACCCCUUGGCAGGAGGAGGAGGAGGGACGUCGGCCACUGCCAGCCCUCUGCAGCCAGCCGAUCCCUUCUUGCCCGCCCAGCCCCCAUGCUGCAACACCGUGGUGCUUCCUCCUCAGCUGCCGGCCAUCUCCCGGUCGCAUAACAUCUGCGAGCUGUGUGUCAACCAGACGGUGGGGGUCAAGCCGAGCCACCUGGGCGGCCUGCACUGCAGCUUCGUCGAGAUCGAGGCGGCCCUGGACUCUUUCUACCUCAAGGAGCGGACCUUCGUCCAGGUCGUCUCCAAGACCGCCUCCUUGUGCAGCAACUUCCUGAGUUCCUACAGCCCUUUCAGCUACUACACGGCAUGCUGCCGGACGGUGCACAGCGGCAUGCGGAGUCUGUUCGGCUCCCCAAAUCCCCCUCUGCCGCCCCUUGAAAUGGCCUUUUCUUCCCAUGGGAAGAGGUGGGAAGAGGGACCCUCCCCUUCUAUGCCUCACAUUGAGGACAGGAAUAACCUUCUCUUGGACAGUUCUGUCCCUGUCUCUGACCUCACGGGUCUGAGUUGCCAGACCAACAAGACCUUAAACCUUUACCUGCUGGACUCCAAUCUCUUCUGGACGUACGCAGAGAGGCUGGGGGCGCCGAAACUCACCUCCCCAAGAGAGUUUGCUGUCAUUGUGGACCUGAAGGAGGAGGUGCACUAUGUCCUGGAUCAGGACCGGGCCCUGAUCCGAUCUCAUCUAGAAACCUUUAUUCGGAACUACAGUGUUUUGUACAGCCCUUUGGAAAGGCGCCUGGUGGGUAGUCUGAGGUCCGUCCACUCUGCGGCUCAGCACAGAAUCAGAGAAGUUGCCACGGACACUUUCCACGAGGUUGUGUUGAGAAGUGACAAGGAUGUUGUGCUGCUGUAUUACGCUCCAUGGUGUGGUUUCUGUGCGGCGCUCAACCAUGUCUUUAUCCAGCUGGCUCGGAUCCUGCCCGAUAACUUCAUUGUGGCGAGGGUCGAUGUUUCUCUGAAUGACCUUCCCUGGGAAUUCAUGACCGACCACCUGCCAAACAUUCUGUUUUUCCCUCUCCAGAGAAAGGACCAAAGCGUGAAGUUUCCCGAGGGCUUCGCCAUCACUCUUCCCAACCUGCUCAGAUUCCUCCUACGCCACUCGAGCCCCCCGUCCCCCGGGGCAGCCUCCCAGCCUUACCUGCAGCAGCAGGGUCGCAUUGCCCACUUGGAAAGGGAGAUCCAGCACCUCAGAGCCGAAGCUCAGGCCCUGCGGGAGGCUCAGACCCUGCUCAGAGCCCAGCUUUUGGAGGCCAGGAAAGAGAAGCAGAGGCUGCAGUGGGAAAGCCAGGCCUUGCGGAAGCAGCACGGAGCCCUGCAGAGCCAAUGGGAACAGCUGCAGGGCCUCGCUGACCAGAAGGCCCAGGAGCUGGCAGAACUGGCUGGCAAGCUGCAGGAGCUGGCCGAGGCCUCCAAGGCCCUCCUGGCUGAGAACACCCUGCUGAAAUUCCUGCUGGCGUCGGUGGAGAGCAAACGGGCAGCACAGGCAGAGGCGGGGCUCCCCCAGGAGGAAGCCGGGGUGGUCGUGUUGGCUGCGGAGAAGGACGGAAACGCCCACCCCGAGCCCAGACUUGCUGCAGAGCACAACAAAGAGAACUGGACAGAGUAGCCCACCUGGAGGGAGGCAAGGUGUGGGCGGCAAACACACCAGGAAAAACAAAAUCAAGUGACUCUCAAUGGGGAAGAUCUUUAUGCAAAUUUUAUUGAAAUUUCAUCGUAAAGUUUUUUCAAUGAACUACAAAAGGGGUGGGGGAAAAUCAGAGGACUAUUUUUGUAACAAGUAAAUUCACCAGACCCGGAGGUCGGGCACUCGAGGGUGAUCUCGCCCAUGAGCUGCCCCUCCGCACUUUUCUUAUUGCACUAAUUUGAUAGGUUUUUCUACUGAUGUCACCUAAAUGAAAACAUUCACCGGCUGGGAAGUUUGGCUGUGUGACACCCCCCCCCCACCCCCCCACCCCCCGUCUCAAUCAGGACCAGUUUUGGGCUGCAUCAGCUUUGAAAAACAGCAAGAAGGUUUUUAAUUUAUGCUCUCUUGGAAAUGUCUAAAUGGGUGGUCACCAUUGAUGCUUUUGUUUAUGGAAAAGCGUCCACACCAAGUGUGUGCCUGUGUUCGAUAAAAUUGAAUGGGAGAGAAAAUUAAAAAGGGUUGGUUCCUUCCCUCCCUA